AUGCCGCUCUUCCAGCUGCUCAAGCCCACCGUGGUGCCUCGCAGCCAGGUUGCGCACUUGAAUCCAAUCCUCUACGACGACGGCCGCGCAGUAAAUGAGUUCUUCGCUCCAGGCACGGAAUACUUUGGCCGUCAGGUGGUUCCGCCUGAUAACAAGUGGUCUGACGGAACCCGCAGUUUCAUGGCCCCAAUCAGCCACUACCAUCUGCUGCAGACGGAAUCCUUCCAUGUCGAGUCAGGGGAGGGCCUAUGGUACCUGCGAGGCAAAACGAUCUACCUCAAGGCCGGCGACGACAUCACCAUCCCGAGGUUCGUGGCCCACCGCUUCGAGAACGUGCCGGGGAGCACGCAGCCGUUGUCGAUACUGUACCGGUACGACGCGCAGCGGUACGCGAUGGAGAGGCGCUUCUUCAGCAAUACCUUGACCUACCUCGACGAUUGCAGGGUGGCCGGGGUGUCACCAAGUUUGUUGCAGCUCUGUAUCUUCCUGAGUGACUGCUGGAUGCCGGGGGACUUCCUCUGGGUCCCUGGCGGUGAGCACGUGCGGUGCUUGGUCAACGCCCUGUUCAUGUGGGUGAUGGCGGCCAUUGGGAGGCUUGUCUUUGGUUACAAAGGUGCUUAUUCGGAGUACUACGUUCCCAAAGUUGGUGGAGAAUACUUCAAGUCAAGCUCGAAAAAAGCGACUUGA